AUGUCUAGAAUAAUUCCUUCAUUAAUUGCUAUCAUAGUAUAUCAAGGGAUAUAUCUUUUGGCAGGAUUUUAUCAAACACUUACCAUACAAUAUUUAUAUUAUCAAGGAGCCGCUACAUUGGUUGGGAUAUUGCUUAUGCCCGCAUGGUUUGCAAAAAGAAAAGUAAAUGAACCCAUCAUAGAUAAAACCGAGGAUCCAGAACUUGAUAUGGUAACGAAAGCUCUUAAAGAUUAUCAGUUAUUACCUGAAGAUGAAAGUAUGACGAAUGGCAGCAAAUUAUCAAGUCCAAAAGAAGUUGUCAACUAUUGCUUUAUAUUUGCUGUCUCUUUAUUGGACAUAAUGGCUAAUUUUACGUUAACAUUGGGUCUUUUUUACGUUGGGAGUGGUACGUAUCAAAUAAUUCACAGUUCGAUAGUCAUCUGGUGUGCAAUUCUCUCAUUUCUAUUUCUUGGAAGAAAACUUUCACGAGUACAAACAUUAUGCGUUAUUGGAGUAUGUAUCGGACUUUAUCUUAGUUCUUUAGGAGUUUCACAAAAUUCCGUAACUAUUAUCAAAAGUCCUAUGAUAUUUAGUUCAAUUAAUAUAUCACUUACAAUGCUUGGUUUAAUAUUAACAUCAUUUGCAACAUUUGGAAGUGCAUGUGUUUACGUUAUACUUGAUCAAUUAUUAACAACAAUUCGUGUACCUAAUGAACUUCCACCUUCACCAGCAAAAGCAUUACUUAUAAUAGAUGAUAUGGAAAAGAAAAAUGAAAAUUCUUCAAAUAUUUUUUUAAUUAUUAUAUCAUAUUUGAUGUUAAUUCUUGCAUCAUUUUUUCAUAAUUUUUCGGCUUAUUGGGUAGUAAAACAUCUUGGUAAUGUUACUUUAGGUUUAUUAAAUUCUAUUAGAGCUAUUAUGGUUUUGGAGCUUUUGUAG